GCGAGUCGCGAUGGCACUCAGUGAGACUGCGCUGACUCCAGUCGCAGCUCGCUCCAGGUCGGGACCACAGCACAGUCACAGCGCCGCUGGAGGGGAGGGCACCACGCGGCCGAAGCAGCACACUUGAGGAUUCACGCAGGCGAGGCGAGGACGGCUGGCUUUUGGAGCGAGCUGACGCUGGUUUGGUUAGACUCAAGUUGUGGGUAUUGUUUGGCUACUGACACUUCAGCUGUGACCGAGUUUAGUGCAGCAGUGAUUUACUGUGUUCGGGUGAGAGGAGACAACAAACUGACUGAGCAGAACGACUGCAGCGCACGCGUCAGCUGACCGUCACAGUUAAACCGAUCAUCGGCAGCCAGUGACGCAGAAGGCAGGAGAUUGCGGCAUGUAGAAAUACCCUCGUCACUCAUCUGUAGUAAGACGUGGAAGGCUUCGAAAACCCUUCCCAAAAUCAGCUAUAAAUAAGAAAAUGAAGGUGCUUCUCGCCGUUUUCCUGAUCUGCGGGACGUGCACAUCCGCCGCCGAUUCCUCAGCUUCGGCUUCGGAUGUCUCCAGUGCAGUGUCAAAAGCCGAGCCCAGUCGUGGCAGCGGCGAAUUCGCCUCCGCACGUGCUCUCAUCGAAACCCAGACCUCCGCUUUGGAAAAUAUUCUUGGCAAAACGCCAAAAGACGAAGCUCUCAAAUCUCUAUCGCGAGAAUCUCGGCAACUGAGCGAGGAUUUCGCCUCCACAAGUUCUCCACCGACGGAGACGGUCCUUGAGGAUGAUGACGAGCUGACCGAUCAGGAGCGGCUGGAUAUCCUUCAGGAGCUGGAGCGGCUCAACAGCACAGAGCCGGAGCAGCUGCCUCAGCCGGAGAUGUUCAUUUCACACGUCAGAAACUACUGGCGACGGCAGGAGGAAGCGCAGCAGAAGAUCAGGAACGAGAUCCUGGACAUGAUCCUGCCCAGGAAAAAG